CACUCUCCUCCCCUCACACUCCUCGGCGGCCAUGUUACCUGGUGCUUGUUCCGGUACCACGCUAGCUAGCCUAGCGAGCAAGAUUCAGAACAGCAGUGUCGCCUUUCGUGCACAGGAGCGGCCGUCGUUCACCUCCAAAGAUUAGCCGAUCCACAGCCCACUCAAUCACCGAGGAGGCAGUGAACGGGACGGAACCUUAUCGGAUUCUUUCAGAAACAUUGGCUUACACCCAAUCACAGCCUCUUCCGCCUCAUUACUGCAACACGACGUUUUUUCGGUUUAGCAAGCUAGCUCUUUAGCCAGGAAAGCUGGUCGACUUUUCUUUUUGUUUUCGUAUUCGUGCGUUUUGCACUAUUUUUCGGUAAGUUACGGGUAGCCCAUUUGUUAGGCCAUACUGGAUUUUUGGCUUCUGUGAAUUAUAGUUAAUUCUCCACAUUUGGGUUAUGAUUGGCUAAAUGGGCAACUAUAGCUAGGGCUAACUGAUUGGCUUUGUUUUGUUAUUCUAUUGGCGAUGGUGGGUCAAGUUCCACUAGGGCUGGCCUAAAGUGUGAAUCCCCAGGCUCGAGUUGAAGACUUUACCGGGAAAUGCGUUCUGCUGUAGCAUAUGCUUACUUCUGACACACAAGUAAUGUUAGCUUACUAGCUAAAGUAUUAUUUUCCCGGAUACUAAACUCUUUCGUUUUCCUCUACAAGGAAUGGACAACUAAUAGCUUAGCUACAUAGAUGUAACCACAACAAUCUGAUUUUAUCAAGUUCCCUGGAUGUGUUUAUCUUUCUGAUCAAGUUAGCAAUCCGGUAACUAGCUAACAAUAGCUGGCCCAUAUGUUUUGUAAUUACAAGAUAGCUAUGUCCAUUUUCACUGACGGUUGAAAAAAAACUUCAGUGAGCUGGCUAUUAGCUAGCAAUCGCCUCACCACGGACACGGACGGCUACCAGCAAGAUACUAAUGAGGAUUUCAACUUGUUGAUCACCUUAUAGUUGCCAGCUUUCAACUUUUUUCCAGACUGACAUUGCAAACAAAUGUGCGUCAGAUUCUGAAUUUCAGUUUCGUGACCCCAUUGCCCCCUCCCUUUUGAGAAUUUCUUAAAAUGUCAGCACGGACGCCAUUGUUAACAGUCAAUGAGCAUUCGUCAGACCAGAAUUGGCAGUGAUUGCUAGUUUCCACUGAAGCACCUUAAAUCACAACGGACCUAUCCACUGACCUGUAGUUUUUUGAACUCCUUGAAGAGGUUGGGAUGCAUUCUCACUCGGACUCCAAGGCGGGGGGGCGACCCAGCAUGCCGCGAUGCCAGAGCUCGGUUGCGACCACGGCGGACGAGCAGCCGCACAUCGGCAACUACCGGCUGCUGAAGACAAUCGGCAAGGGCAACUUCGCCAAGGUCAAGCUGGCCAGACACGUGCUCACCGGGAAAGAGGUGGCUGUGAAAAUCAUAGACAAGACUCAGCUCAACUCCUCCAGUCUCCAGAAGCUGUUUCGUGAAGUCAGGAUCAUGAAGCUUUUGAAUCACCCCAAUAUCGUUAAGUUAUUUGAAGUCAUAGAGACGGAGAAGACGCUGUAUCUGGUUAUGGAGUAUGCUAGUGGAGGUGAAGUGUUUGAUUACCUCGUCGCUCACGGCAGGAUGAAAGAGAAAGAGGCUCGUGCCAAAUUCCGACAGAUCGUUUCAGCUGUGCAGUACUGCCACCAGAAGUGCAUUGUACACAGAGACCUGAAGGCGGAGAACCUCCUCCUGGAUUCGGAGAUGAACAUCAAGAUCGCGGACUUCGGCUUCAGUAACGAGUUCACGCUGGGGAACAAGCUGGACACGUUCUGCGGGAGCCCGCCCUACGCCGCCCCCGAGCUCUUCCAGGGCAAGAAGUACGACGGGCCCGAGGUGGACGUGUGGAGCCUGGGCGUCAUCCUCUACACGCUGGUCAGCGGCUCGCUGCCCUUCGACGGACAGAACCUCAAGGAGCUGCGUGAGCGGGUUUUGAGAGGGAAGUACAGGAUUCCUUUCUACAUGUCCACAGACUGCGAGAACCUGCUCAAGAAGUUUCUCAUCCUCAAUCCAACCAAGAGGGGAAGCCUAGAGCAGCAGGUAAUGAGGGACCGCUGGAUGAACGUGGGCCAUGAGGAGGAGGAGCUGAAGCCGUACGUGGAGCCGCAGCCCGACUAUAAGGACCCCAGGAGGACAGGUCAGCCACGCGCUGGCGCAGAGGGCUGGAAGAGAGAUGUGAUGCUGCAGAUGGGCUACUCUCAGGAGGAGAUCCAGGACUCUCUCAUUAACCAAAAAUACAACGAGGUGAUGGCUACAUACCUCCUACUGGACUACAGGAACUCAGAGAUGGGCGAGGGCGUCAGCCUGUCAAUCAAGUCCCGCCAUGGAAACGACCUCACAAACAGCAAUGUCCAGUCGCCUCCCCAGAAGGUACAGCGCAGUGUCUCUUCCAAUCAGAAGCCCAGGAGAUCCGCAGACCAAGGCUCAUCCUACUCAAAGCGCUCCCAGGUGGACAGUAAACACAGCGCUGAGGAUUCUGGGAGGAAAGGGUCAGGCGGCUCCGCGAAAGUGCCACCGAGUCCCCUCAACGCAGACCGUAAGAAGAGCACUACCCCAUCCUCAAACAGCAUCCUGUCCACUGGUACGAGUCGCAAUCGGAGCUCCCCUGUGCCUGAUCGAGAAUCGGUUCAGAACGGCAAGGACAGCAGCUUGGCCACCUCAGGGUCCCGCGCCUCCACCGCCCCGGCCUCCGCCGUUCUCUCCUCCUCCUCCUCCUCCCGCUCCCGACACCACAAGUCCCUGUCCACCUCGGCCCACCCCAGCCCCCCUGACCUCCACGCACAGCUCCCCAGCACCACCCCUCAGAGAUUGGCAGUAGCAUCUCCCUCUGCCCAUAACGUCAGCAGCUCCACGGUGACGGAUCGCACCAACUUCCCCAGGGGGGUCGCCAGCAGAAGCACUUUCCACGCCGGCCAGCAGAGGGCAACGCGAGACCAGCACGCCUCCACUUACAACGGCCCCCCCGUGUCUCCCUCCCUCUCCCACGGCAACAGCCAGGCCCGUCGUGCUGGAACCGGCAUCUUCAGCAAGUUCACAUCCAAGUUUGUGCGCAGAAAUCUCUCGUUCAGGUUCCCCAGAAGGAGCCCGUAUGAGGGAGAGGGUCGGGAUGAGGCAAGCAGGCCAAUGCUGAGCACUGCAGACAAGCGUGAGAAGGCCCCCGUGGGGGACGAGAACAAGGACUCCCUGUCGUCCUCGUCCAACGUCCCCAGCUCGCUGACCCCGCCCCCGCCGCACUCACACCUGGGCAAGGACACCAAGCCGCGCUCGCUGCGCUUCACCUGGAGCAUGAAGACCACGUCGUCCAUGGAGCCCGGCGAGAUGAUGAAGGAGAUCCGCAAGGUGCUGGACUCCAACAGCUGCGAGUACGAGCUGCGCGAGCGCUUCAUGCUGCUGUGCGUGUCGGGCAACCCGGCGCGCGACGACUUCGUGCAGUGGGAGAUGGAGGUGUGCAAGCUGCCCCGCCUCUCGCUCAACGGCGUGCGCUUCAAGCGCAUCUCCGGCACCUCCAUCGCCUUCAAGAACAUCGCCUCCAAGGUCGCCAACGAGCUCAAACUGUGAGGGGUGGGGUGGGGAGGGGAGGGAACAGGAAGGGAAUUG